CUGGCCGUUGUGCGCCCCGGAGCCGAGGGAGGGGCGGCGUCCAUUCAGUGGCACAGUCACAUAGAGACCAGUCUGGAGCGGUAUCUUGUCUGGAGAGGUAACUGCUGUGACCGGCGAGCGCCGCCCGGAGGACAGGACCAGAGGACAGCCACGGCAGCGGUGAUAACAAAAACAAAAAAAGAUCUUGAGAGUUGAAUGGAAGCCGAUACUCGGAGCAAAAUAUCGUGAGAAGUGUUGAGAAUGUGAAGCCUGUGUGUGUGAAUUUAGUGGUUGAAUAUGCGGAAUCAAGGAACAGGUUAGGGCUAAGGAAGAAGUCCUGCGCCGGGGCCCGUUCAAAGGUGUCAACCAAGCAGGGCUAUCACAGCUCGGUGUUUGAUGGACAUUGGACAGCCCGAUACCGCCGCAUGGGCCUCAAGGUACUUACUAUAUACAUCAUACAGGCACCAAUUGACUUUGAAACUGAUAACGCCUUCGCUUGAACCAAUAUCAAUGCAGCUAUCAGCAUCGGCCUAGCUCGGCUUCAAGUGGGCCUUGCGGGAAGCCGCGAGGAUGUCAGAAGAGAUCGUGGAGUCGCUAAAGUGGUGGGAGCAGCGAUCCCGGUACCGUUCAAGUCAGUGUUUCUCGCAGUGGGACUGACGACUCCCGUCAUGGUGUCGUGUCUGUGGCGCUGGCCCACUGCCGGCGUGUCCGUCACUCUGGUGGUGGCGCUGCUCCUGCCACUGCUGCUGCUGCUGCUGCUGCUGCUGCUAUCUGCCCGCCGGCCAAACCACUGGCGGCUGCUGGGGGUGCGCCACCGCCGGGACCACUUCCCGCUGGGUGCGCGCAGCGCAGCGGCGCUGCUGGGCAGCUACCCGGCGGCGCUGCGGCGCGAGUACGCCGAGGUGCGCGCCGCCGGCGGUGUGCAGGCGCACCUGGACGCCGCCGGGCCGGCAGUCACCGUCUCCGACCUCGGCCUGGUGCACCGCGUCAUGACAGCCGACUUUGGCAGCUUCAGCGACCGACGGCCGCCGGCCCCGCGCACCACCACGCUCUCCAACAUGAUGAUGAACCUGCCGGCGGAGGAGUGGCGACCUCUGCGAGACACACUGACACCUGCCUUCUCGGCGGCCAGGAUGCGGCGCGCCGCUCCCCUCCUUCAAGACAGGGCUCGGAGGCUGGCUGCCCAGGCGCUCCGGGAGGGGGCUGCUGGUGGUGAACAGGGUAUCGAGGUCGAGGCCCUGUUUCAGCGAUACACUCUGGACUGUAUCUCCGCUGUGUCAUUUGGACUCGAGACUGGCGCCAUAGAGCAGCCCGACAGCGAGCUGGUGACCCGGGCGCGUGACCUGGUGUGGCGGCCGGCACCCUGGACGGUGCUGCUGCGGACGGCGGCCAGUCGGCUGGGCCUCGCUCGGUGGCUGCCCUCUGCGACAUCGCGAGCGGACGAAGCAAUCGCCUUCUUCGCGCAGCUGACGCUGGAUACAGCGGCGCGGCGACGCGCAGCGGGAGCCGUGCGGUGCGAGGACGCGCUGCAGCUGCUGAUGGAGCAUCUCUCGCGCGCCGGCGAGCCGCUCUCGGACCGCCAGCUGGCCGCCCAGGGCGCCAUGCUGCUUCUCGGCGGCUACGGCAACACGGCAGCCGCGCUGGCCUGGAGCGCGCGCUGUCUGGCCCACCAUCCGGCCAUCCAGGAGCGCCUCCGCCGCGAGCUGCAGCAGCACCGAAACGAAGGCGCAUCUGACGCGCUCGAGCUGGUGUCCCGGCUGUCGUAUCUGGACCAGGUGGUACGUGAGGUACUCAGGAUGUACCCGGCGGCCACGCCGCAGCUGGCACGCUGCGCCACCGCGCCGUACCGGUUCCCGGGCGGCCUCAGCUUGCCGGCGCACGGCAGUGUGUACAUCCCGGUGCUAGGUAUUCAUCACGACCCAGCGCUGUAUCCGGAACCCGACCUGUUCGACCCGAAUCGGUUUGCCGAGUCGGAGCGGUGGGGACGGCCGGCUGCCGCCUGGUUGCCGUUCGGCCUUGGGCCACGUUGCUGUCCAGGCACUCGGCUAGCACUGCUAGAGCUGAAGCUUGCGCUGGUGGAGCUCCUGAACAACUGCCAGCUGGAGCUCUGCCUCCGUUCCGGCUCCGCGCGACCCCACUUCGUACCUGGAGCAGGCGUAAUGAGGGAGCAAGGCGGCACCUGGCUGGGUGUCAGGGCAGGGCCGUAAGACACCGCUUCGAUAGCCGAUAUACCCGAUUACCACCAUUGGAACUGGUUGUCACGCCCUGUUGUUCUUAGGGUCUUGGUUACGCCUAGCGACGAACGAAAUCGGUCACUAGUUUGAGUUAUGUAGUUCUGCAUGACAAUAAAAACCCAACUAUAGAAAAGAAAGAAAAAA